AUGGGACUACCGAAAGGAGAUGGAGGAUUUGGGAGUUUACCCUUGGGGUGGCAAAUAAUUCGAGACUCCACCGAUUCCGAGGAAGGGGUUGCCUCCGAGGAACCGAUUCCGAGGAAAUCGUGUCGGAAGAUCGGCUUGGAUUGA